AUGGCCUCGACCGGGAGGCCGCUGGCAGACCUGCUGCGGGAUGUGGCUGACCAGCUUGAAAAUUGUAGCCAUACUGAUGCAAACGAAUUCAAAGAAUUUCUGUGUAAAGCCUAUCCAAAACUCAGACUAGGGGGUGGAUUUGAGUUGCUCAAAAUCUCUGGAACAACACGCAGUCGUAACCUGAGCCUCAUCCCCUGUCCCAAUGAGGGUUAUCAUAGCAGUGGUGAGGUAGAGGUUGAGGUUGCCACAGAGAGUGCCAACUCCUCCCGAAGUGAAGGUAGAUUUGUCAGCAUGUUGACGAGACCACAGGGGAGGGAGACAACAAGGGCCAACAACUCAAACUACUCGGUGCCACCUCAGGGAUGUGUGCCUGCUCCUGAGAUAGCUGAUCUAGAUCCCGUUGAAGAAAGAGGCUUACCUGGAGAUCCAGCAAUUGGUGAUGGUGUGACUCGCCAUUUCCUUGCAACCGUCAUGUCAAAAGUUCAGUAUGGUUUUGAGAUCAAUUUUGUGCCAGGGGGAACUCUUCUUUUCGAGGGGGAACAAGAUCAUCGUAUUCCCUCCACUUCCCAUAUCCUUUUGGAGAGUGACUUCUUUGUUGUUGCUGGUCGAAUGAUCGGUCAUUCAUUUCUACAUGAUGGGCCAUGCCUUGGUGGACUGAGCCCAGCUAUCCUGCAUGUGCUCUUUGGUGGAUCCCCAGAAGAAGCCACAAUCGAUAUUUUGGACUGUGCUGACCUUGAUAUCCGUGAGAAAAUCAAGUUGCUUGAGGGUACAGCAGAAUUAUCAUCCGAAGAAAAGCACAUGAUCAAUGAGUUGGCACUGUCCUGGGAUUUGCCUCUAUUCACAUCUAAGAACAGGAGAUGGCUGCUUGACAAACUGCUCUUCCAUGCUGUACUUGGAAGAACCUCCAGACAAGUCAAACAGUUACGAAGGGGUUUAAAAGAGACACUGAUCUGGCCUUUGCUAACUGAGAGGAAAGACACAAUUCCCCUUCUCUUUCCAAGCGCAUCUGAUUUACAGUGCACACCAAGGAUGGUCUUGGAAAAGAUAAAAUGGCCAACACAGGAUGAGGAUGAAGACAGUGAUGUCUCUUUGGAGGAUACAUCGUCUCCAAGCAUCCUUGGGAAACUCCUGGAGUUCUGGAUAGGGUGGAAUGUGCUGCCCAGACACUUGGAUGUUAACGUGGUGGAGAGCAACUUCCCCAGGUCUUCCACCUGCUUCCACCUGCUUAAACUUCCAGGACAUUACAAUGAGUACUCUAACUUUGAAAGAGACAUUCUUGCUGCUAUUUGCAGCACUGACACUGGGUUUGGAAUGGUCUAA